GCCGGAGCAGAGAAGAGAUACCAUGACAUUGCUUCUGAGGUGUUAUUUCUUGCUUUUGGCUCUUAACGCAUACCUUAUCCUUACUGUUCAGGCAGAAUGUGCAAAAGAUUGUGCAUCCUGUGCCCAUCAAUUGGCAUAUCACGCUGAUAUCAACCCCUUGGCAUGUACACUAGAAUGUGAAGGGAAACUGCCUUCUGCCAAAGCCUGGGAAACCUGCAAGGAACUUCUUCAGAUGACUAAACCUCCCCAAGAAAGCAGCAGCAUCCUAAUGGACAGUCCAAAAGAGGAUGAAAGCCAUUUGCUAGCCAAAAAAUAUGGUGGCUUCAUGAAAAGGUAUGGUGGCUUUAUGAAAAAGAUGGAUGAGCUCUAUCAUGUAGAACCAGAGGAAGAGCCCAAUGGUGGAGAAAUUCUUGCUAAAAGAUACGGAGGGUUUAUGAAGAAAGAUUCAGAUGAUGAUGGUUUAGCUAAUUCAUCUGAUCUUCUGAAGGAGCUUCUUGCAACAGAGGAAAAUGCUGAAACAGGACACUAUCAGGACUUGAGUGAUAAUGAUAGUGAGGUCCUCAAGAGAUAUGGUGGCUUCAUGAGAAGCAUAAAGCGCAGUCCAGAGUUGGAAGGUGAUGCCAAAGAGUUACAAAAGAGAUAUGGUGGUUUCAUGAGAAGAGUAGGAAGGCCAGAAUGGUGGCUGGACUACCAGAAAAGAUAUGGUGGAUUUCUCAAGCGUUUUGCUGAUACGCUUCUUCCUUCAGAUGAUGAUGGAGAAAAUUAUUCCAAAGAGGCUCCAGAGAUGGAAAAGAGAUAUGGUGGAUUUAUGAGAUUUUAG